AUGGGUGUCGCCCCCGAGCAUCUAGAUCGGGUAUCAUCAGAUAUAUCAAAGGUGGCUCAUCUCCGAAUGGUUGCAAGAAGCUUACGGUCGUCUAUUGUUGUGGACAUAGUUCACGCUGAGGCAGUCAUGGUGCAGGAGGUUGAUGAUGAUGAGGACCAUGAUGAGUCAGACACUGUGGAGCAUGAUGAUGAAGACAACAACUAUGAGUCCGAUUCUGACUCUCCGAUGGAUACCUUGGCGGCGACGAAAUCUUCGAUUGAGGCAUUGGAGAAGGUAAUCCUGGAAGAAGGGAUGGGAGAGAACUGCAUGAUAUGCAUGGAAGGGUACGAGGGUGGGAUGGAAGUCACUCGGACGCCUAGCUCCCAUAUCUUUCAUGGAGAUUGCAUUGUCAAGUGGUUUCAGACAAGUCACCUGUGUCCUCUGUGCCGACACCCGAGGCCAUCAUCAGACUAG